CGGGGCGCACAGCUGGCCUGUGAGUCACUGGGCCUUCCGCAGGUCCCAUAAACAGAAGCUGCUUGGCCCACGGUGGAGAGCAGGGGAAAGGUGCUGGCUGGGUCCACACCGCCUGGGCGCAAGGCAUGUGACCUCCCCCAACCCCCGCGCUCUGGCCGCCUGCCUGGGCCAGCCAGGCCCACACCCUCCCCAGACCCUAUAAGGCUUGGGAAUUGGGAGCCCAGGCGCUGCCAGCAGCUGCCUCGCUCUGUGGGACCCUGAAUAGUCCAGGUGAGAGCAGCUGCCGCGUCACCCAGAGACUGCCACCGCCAGCUCUUUCUUCCCCUUUCUAGCCCCGCAGGCCGCCAUCAUGUCAGCUUCAGGAGAUGAGCGCAGGGCUUCCCCCAAAUCCAAAGGCAAGACCCUGAGCAGUUUCUUCGGGUCGUUGCCUGGCUUCAGCUCUGCCCGGAACCUGGUGUCCCACACUCACAGCUCCACCUUCACAAAGGACGGACAACCAGCCUCAGACCCCUUGGGGACUCCUGUCCCUCCAUCCCCAGUGUCCAUCAACUCACAGAUGGCAGGGGGUACAGCAGGGCUGCUCCAACCUUCUGAACAGACAGCUGAGGACAAGGACAUGGGAAGCUUCAGUGUGCCCAGCAGCAAGGAUGCCUUCUCCUCCGGGGUGUUUGGCAUCAUGGAUGCUGCAAAAGGAAUGGUCCAGGGUGGACUGGGUGCCACCCAGUCGGCCCUUGUCGGCACUAAGGAGGCAGUGUCUGGAAGUGUCAUGGGAGCAGUGGACGUGGCCAAAGGUCUUGUCAAGGGAGGUCUGGACACCUCAAAGAAUGCCCUCACCAAUACGAAGGACACAGUGACCACAGGACUCAUGGGAGCUGUGAACAUGGCCAAAGGGACAGUGCAGACAGGCCUGGACACCACCAAGUCUGUGGUCAUGGGCACCAAGGACACGGUGACCACAGGACUCACAGGGGCCGCGAAUGUGGCUAAAGGCACGGUGCAGACAGGCCUGGACACCACCAAGUCUGUGGUCAUAGGUACCAAAGACACUGUGACCACGGGGCUCACAGGGGCUCUGAAUGUGGCUAAAGGCACAGCACAGAUGGGUCUGGACACCAGCAAGUCUGUGCUCAUGGGCACCAAGGACACGGUGACCACGGGGCUCACAGGGGCCGCGAAUGUGGCUAAAGGCACAGCACAGAUGGGUCUGAACACCACCAAGUCUGUGCUCAUGGGCACCAAGGACACGGUGACCACAGGGCUCACAGGGGCUGUGAACGUGGCUAAAGGCACCAUCCAGGGUGGCCUGGACACCACCAAGUCAGUGGUCAUAGGUACCAAAGACAGUGUGACCACGGGGCUCACAGGGGCUGUGAACGUGGCUAAAGGCACAGCACAGAUGGGUCUGGACACCACCAAGUCUGUGCUCAUGGGCACCAAGGACACAGUGACCACAGGACUCACAGGGGCUGUGAACAUGGCUAAAGGAACAGUGCAGACAGGCCUGGACACCAGCCAGAAGGUGCUGACAGGCACAAAAGACACUGUCUGUGCUGGGGCCACUGGAGCAGUAAAUGUGGCCAAAGGCGCUGCCCAGGGAGGCCUGGACACCACCAAGUCUGUGCUCAUGGGCACCAAGGACACGGUGACCACGGGACUCACAGGGGCUGUGAACGUGGCUAAAGGCACCAUCCAGGGUGGCCUGGACACCACCAAGUCUGUGGUCAUGGGCACCAAGGACACAGUGACCACAGGACUCACAGGGGCCGCGAAUGUGGCUAAAGGUGCUGUUCAGGGAGGCCUGGACACCACCAAGUCUGUGCUCAUGGGCACCAAGGACACGGUGACCACGGGACUCACAGGGGCUGUGAACGUGGCUAAAGGCACCAUCCAGGGUGGCCUGGACACCACCAAGUCUGUGGUCAUGGGCACCAAGGACACGGUGACCACGGGACUCACAGGGGCCGCGAAUGUGGCUAAAGGCACCAUCCAGGGUGGCCUGGACACCACCAAGUCUGUGCUCAUGGGCACCAAGGACACGGUGACCACAGGACUCACAGGGGCUGCGAAUGUGGCUAAAGGCACGGUGCAGACAGGCCUGGACACCACCAAGUCUAUGGUCAUAGGUACCAAAGACACUGUGACCACGGGGCUCACAGGGGCUGUGAACGUGGCUAAAGGCACCAUCCAGGGUGGCCUGGACACCACCAAGUCUGUGCUCAUGGGCACCAAGGACACAGUGACCACAGGACUCACAGGGGCCGCGAAUGUGGCUAAAGGCACCAUCCAGGGUGGCCUGGACACCACCAAGUCUGUGGUCAUGGGCACCAAGGACACGGUGACGACAGGACUCACAGGAGCCAUGAAUGUGGCAAAGGGGACAGUGCAGACAGGCCUGGACACCAGCCAGAAGGUGCUGACAGGCACAAAAGACACUGUCUGUGCUGGGGCCACAGGAGCCAUUAACGUGGCUAAAGGUGCUGUUCAGGGUGGCCUGGACACCACCAAGUCUGUGCUCAUGGGCACCAAGGACACGGUGACCACGGGGCUCACAGGGGCUGUGAACGUGGCUAAAGGCACCAUCCAGGGUGGCCUGGACACCACCAAGUCUGUGGUCAUGGGUACCAAAGACACGGUGACCACGGGGCUCACAGGGGCUCUGAAUGUGGCUAAAGGCACAGCACAGAUGGGUCUGGACACCAGCAAGUCUGUGCUCAUGGGCACCAAGGACACAGUGACCACAGGACUCACAGGGGCUGUGAACAUGGCUAAAGGAACAGUGCAGACAGGCCUGGACACCAGCCAGAAGGUGCUGACAGGCACAAAGGACACUGUCUGUGCUGGGGUCACUGGAGCAGUAAAUGUGGCCAAAGGCGCUGCCCAGGGAGGCCUGGACACCACCAAGUCUGUGCUCAUGGGCACCAAGGACACAGUGACCACAGGACUCACAGGGGCUGUGAACAUGGCUAAAGGAACAGUGCAGACAGGCCUGGACACCAGCCAGAAGGUGCUGACAGGCACAAAGGACACUGUCUGUGCUGGGGUCACUGGAGCAGUAAAUGUGGCCAAAGGCGCUGCCCAGGGAGGCCUGGACACCACCAAGUCUGUGCUCAUGGGCACCAAGGACACGGUGACCACGGGGCUCACAGGGGCUGUGAACGUGGCUAAAGGCACCAUCCAGGGUGGCCUGGACACCACCAAGUCUGUGGUCAUGGGUACCAAAGACACGGUGACCACGGGGCUCACAGGGGCUCUGAAUGUGGCUAAAGGCACAGCACAGAUGGGUCUGGACACCAGCAAGUCUGUGCUCAUGGGCACCAAGGACACAGUGACCACAGGACUCACAGGGGCUGUGAACAUGGCUAAAGGAACAGUGCAGACAGGCCUGGACACCAGCCAGAAGGUGCUGACAGGCACAAAGGACACUGUCUGUGCUGGGGUCACUGGAGCAGUAAAUGUGGCCAAAGGCGCUGCCCAAGGAGGCCUGGACACCACCAAGUCUGUGCUCAUGGGCACCAAGGACACAGUGACCACAGGACUCACAGGGGCCGCAAAUGUGGCUAAAGGCACGGUGCAGAUGGGUCUGGACACCAGCAAGAGCAUGCUGAUGGGCACGAAGGACACUGUCUGUGCUGGGGCCACAGGAGCCAUUAACGUAGUCAAAGGAGCUGUCCAGGGAGGCCUGGAUCCUUCCAAUGAAGCACUCACAGGCACCGGUACUCCAGUGGUGGCUGGUCUCGCAGGCACAGUGGACAUGGCCAGGGGAACAGUACAGACAGGCCUGAACACCAGCAAGCACAUGCUUACAGGCAUGAAGGACACUGUUUGUGCUGGGGUUACCGGCGCCAUGAACAUGGCUAAAGGCAUUCAUAGGAACACAGACACCACCGGAGACACACAGUCUACCAUGCUGGCUCAUUCAGGUAAUGUAGCCACCAGUGCCAUCCAUGCAGGUGUCCAUACAGUUCCGAGUUCGCCCUCUGGCUCUCACUCCACCGCAUGUCAUGAACCUAGCAGCUUCAGAGUCAUCAACCAAGGGGCAGGCCAGGCCCCCCUGACUUCCACAGAGCUCCUGUGCUGUGAGACCAGCAGCUUCUCAGACACACAUGGCUUGGGGCGUGUCACAGAGCCCAUGGCUCAUGCAGCUCCCAGGCCUGUGGAGGAGUGUGGCCAGCUGGCUGCCACAGGCUUUGCUGCCCUUCCUGAUGAGUUGGAAGGCCUGGGUGAUAUCUUCCAGCCCAUGACAGCUGAGGAACAAGCUCAGCUGGCGGCCUCAGAGUCGGGGCCCCGAGUACUCUCUGCCGACCGGGGAAGCUACUACAUCCGCCUGGGUGACCUGGGCCCCAGCUUUCGCCAGCGGGCUUUUGAACACGCCCUGAGCCACAUACAGCACAACCAGUUUCAAGCCAGGGCCGCACUGGCCCAGCUCCAGGAGGCCUUCCAGGUGACACCGGCUUCCGUGGCCCAGGACAGGCUGUGCGCCCUUGCCCACCAGCUCCAUGCAGCUUACAGCAGCCUGGCAACCAGCCUGCAGGGCCUGCCAGAGGUGCAGCAGCAGGCGGGGCAGGCACGGCACAGCCUCUGCAAGCUGUAUGGUCUCGUGUCUUCGGAAGCGGGUAGUGAGCUGCAGACAGAGCAGCUGGCCCAGAGCAGCGCUGGCGUUGUCCAGGCGUGGCAGGGCCUGGAGGUGCUGCUAGAGCAGCUGCAGCAGAGCCCUCCACUUGGCUGGCUGGUCGGACCCUUUGCUUCGAUGCCCUGUGACCAGCUGUAGGUACCCGAGGGCUGGGUGGGUGGGGUGCCCAGGGACCAUGCUGUGACCACAGCUGGCUGUACUUCCCCAAAGCUCUGGACUGAACAGGAGCAGAAGAUCCUUGGAAAGUGAAUUUGAAGCCAGAUACAGCUCCUGCUAUUUCUAAGAACCAAUGACCCCUUCCUCCAAACUAGCCACCAAGUCUGUUCAGAUACGGGCCACAGACCCCACACAGACACAGUAAAGAAGCACCGCCCGUCCCCACUGCCAGCCUUCCACCCCUGGGCUCGGACCCUCUCUCCAGGGCCCAUAGCUUUCCUCUAUGGAUGGUGCCACUCCGCCUCAGGCCCCACGCUGGGCAGUACAACCACAGAUCUUAGCUAAUGACUAAUAUCCCAUCCUUGUUCCCCGGGACUAGAAUGCAUAGCCACGCUGAAGUAAGCUGCUACAUCUGCUGCUGCUGAUACGUAGUAGGGAGAAGAGCUGCACAAGCCACACAAUUAUACCCCGGCUGCUGUGGGCCUGCUCUGCUGAGAAAACGAGAGUCACGCACAUAUCCCUACAUGGAGACAGGGCUGACUUGGCAGGUCCAGCACUGCGGAGUAGCUGUGGCCUGUGCAGGCGCAUGGCCUGCAGCCUAGGGCUGAAGACUGUACUGAAUGCGGAGAUGGGCAGGAGAUGGCUCAUCUCCCUCGCCCCAUGCACCCAAGAUACAAGCAAACAAGAUGGUGGGCACAGGCACUGUGUCACCUCCAGUCCUCUCAACCACAGCACUGCUAGUGACCCCAACCUUCCAGCUCCUUUAUCUGCAUUCUUGGAAAAUAACAAUGUCAUGAGCGUCUGGGCUGGGCCAGCUGUAGCCAAGGAAUGUCAUGAUAGAGAUGGCAAGGAACACUUCCCUGUCCUCCUACCAUGUCAGCAUCAGGUGACACUAGACUCAGCCACUGAAAAACACUGGGCUAAGAGCCUGCAGCCAACAGACGGCAUGAGCCUCAUUACAUCAUGCCCAGUUACUGGUGGCUACUGAGUCAUGCAACCAACUUGUGAGCCCACUGGGAGCACAGAAAAGCCGGGAAGCCCCUGCUCAAAGCCGCACGGUGGAAGGCAGCUGGGAUGUGAAGACCACAACACUCGGCUCAGAGGCUGAGCUGCCCCAGAGGCACUAGGCUGGUCCGGCCCCAGCUGGGAGCCCUGCACAGCUGCUGAUGGAGCUGUCCUGCUGGGCUGUCCUGAGUGUCCGCUUUACCCAUGCUGGCACAGGAGGC